AUGGGCCCCCCGCCGGCCCUCAUCAGUCAUUUCCAGACCGCGGGCGUGCGCGCUCUGGAGUUGCUGGCGCUGCGGCAGUCGAUCAUCUCGGGGGUGCCGCCGUGCCCCGCGGUGUCGCUGGCGUGCCCGCCGGCGAACCUGACCUGCCCGCCGCAGGAGAUGAUGAUCGCGCACCGUCCCCUGCGCCCGCUCGCCGCGGAGGGGGAGUGGUGCGCUGACUUGGCGGUCGGCACCCUGGUCCGGGUCUCCUACACCGGGGAGACCAUGGACCACACGAGGGUCGUGCUGUGGCCCAGCCGCCGCCUGGACCAGAGGCGGCGGGUCCGGGGGCGGCACGCCUAUUGGGUGCUCUCCGCGGACGGCGACGUCUGGGAGGAGGACCUGAGCGGGAGGAAUGCGGCGACCGGGCCGUCGGGCGGGUCGCUGCUGGACCAGGCGACUGGGGAUCCGCCCGACGGCCGCCGCCUCUAUCGGUUCCGGGCGCGGCCCAGCCUGGACGAGGUCGUGGAGCUGGCGGCGGAGUGCCGAGCCACGAUGCUCAGGCGUGGGCAGGCCGAGUCGGAGGCGCCGACGAGCGUGGUGCUGGCCGACGGGGCGGUGCGCCCCGGCCGCGACCACUUCCCGUGGCUCGAGGCCCCGCGCCCUUGGGUGCUGACGGAACCGCUCCCUGGCAUGCCAAUCGGGACCGUGGUGGAUCCGCUCCCGGUGGGGGCGCUGCGCGACGGGAGCCGGGCCCUCGGCUUGCUGCCGAGCUGCGGCCGCUGGGCGAGGCUCGAGCAGGUGGACGAGGGCAAGAUCGUCGAGUGGGCCGCCAAGAGGACGAAGGAGCUGGUGCUCGACCUUGGCGCGGGGCCCGACGCCAUGGGCGCCGCGGAGCCGGUUGGCGGGACUGAAACCCCGCCGCUGGGGCGUGAGGCUCGCUCGGCCGGAGGCGACCGCCUGGGCGAGAAGCUGGGGCUGGCCGCCGAGGAGCCCGCCGAGUCGGCCGCGGGGAAGGACGACGCCUACGGCGACGCGCGCACGCUGUGGGUCGACUGGGACGAGCAGGGCGAGCGCAGGAAGGAGUUCAAGCGAGCGGUGGCCGAGAGCUCGAAUGUGAAGUGGGACCAUCAUCGGCUGCCCGCCGAUCGCACUUGCCUUCACACGUGCAAGAUGAUGGUGAACUUGAGUGGGUCUCCACGCGUGUGGCUAGAGCGCUUUCUCAGGGAGAAGGGGAUAGCUUCUACGGAUCGAGUCGCGCACGAACUCCGAGUGUUGUGCGACAUCUUGGAAGAAGCUGGCGAGUUUGACCAGAUCAACCUCGGAGGACUGGCUUGCUUGGAAGUGGCCGCCCUCCGGCUGAACCUGCUGGUGGACGCGCACAAGACGAGCGGGUCGGCCUCGUACUCGAACGCGAAGUACCUCUCGCCGCUGACCGAGGUGGACCAGUUGAUGGCUCCUGGCUUGCGGUCUCACGUGUCGAGGCGCGCCAAGGAGGAGUACGAGCUGAUGCAGGGCGACAAGAAGGCCGAGGCGGUCGCUGCUGGUGCGGCUGGCGCGCGGGUUCCACCGCGCGAGGGGGCCGAUGAUGCGGCCAAAGGUGGCAAGGGCGGCGGCGGGGGCGGCCGGGGUAACAAGACCCGGGCGCGGGCCCUCGCGCCGCCCGUGCAGGUGGACGACAUCGUGGGCGAGGCCGGCCGCACCUACCUGAAGGAGAAUCAAAAGCGUAUGAGGCGGCCGAUCGAGGAGAUCGAUUUUGACAACUUGCCGACUCCCUAUUUUGACCCGCUGCUGAAGCGGAACAAGAAGAUGUACCACAACUUUUUGAAGGAUCUCUCGUCCCGCGGGCUCUUGCUUGCCACCUUGUCUCCCGCAGAGCAGGCUGGCCUGUUCUUCGUGAAGAAGGCCGACAGCGACAAGAUGCGCAUGAUCGUGGACGCGCGUCGGGCGAACGCGUGGUUCGGCGUGCCCCCCAGCGUCCAGCUCCUGUCGUGCGAGGGGUUCGGCAGGGUGGAGGUGAAGCUCCCAGAGGGCGUCGCCUUCGGCUCGGCGCGGGGCGAGGAGCUGCUGAACGGCUUCAAGCUCUUCUUGGGCAUGACGGACGUCAAGGACUGCUUCUACAGGAUGCGCAUCCCGGUGAGCCUGGCGAAGUUCUUCUCGCUGCCCGCCGCUCCAGCUCACGUCCUGGGCCUGGAGGGGCACGAGCUGGAGGGGACGAGGCUGGGCUGCGACACCCUCGUCUUCCCCUGCAUCGGGGCUCUCCCCAUGGGAUUCUCUUGGUCCCUCUUCCUCGCCCAAGACGCGAACGAGGAGAGGGUCGUCCGGUCUGAUCCGUGGCCAGGGGGAGACAUGGCGGUCUCGGAGCGGGUCCUGAUGAGCGAUCGCGGACCUCCGCUCGUCGUGGAGGUUGAGCCCGGCCUGCACGGGGGAGCCUACGUGUACGUCGACAACAUGGGGGUGCUCGCCCCCUCGGAGGGCCUCGCCAAGAGCGCCCUCGAGAGCUGGACUGGUCUCUUUGAGGGGGUCGGCCUGGACUUGCACAAGAGCUCGGUGGGCUCGGGCGCGUGCGAGGCGCUCGGGACCAAGCUUGACCUCGAGCUGAUGAGGUCGGGCGUGAGCGACGGGCGGUUCUGGAAGGUGUACCUGGGGCUGGGGGGCCUGCUAGCCCGCGGCCGGGCGACAGGGCGCGCCUUGGAGGUGGUGCUGGGCCACUGCACCUUCUGCGGGCUGGCCCUCCGAGGGUCGCUGAGCUGCUGGCACGCCUCGUACCGCUUCAUCCAGCGGCACUACCUGGAGCCUGCCCGCCUGUGGGCAGAAGUCGUGAAGGAGAUCAAGAUGUUCCGCGGGCUGCUCACCCUGAUGGUUCAGGACUGGUGGCGGCCAUGGAACUGCUGCGUGCUCCAGACCGACGCGAGCGAGAGCGGCUGGGGCAUGGCGCAGUCGUUCUGGCCGCAGCACGUGGUGGAGCAGGUCGGCCGGCUGCCUGAGCGAGCCCGCUUCCGUUCGGCGCUGGGCAGGCCGGCGCGAGAGAGCGCGCUCGCUGCCGCCAACCUUGCUCGGGACAGCUCGGGCGCCUUGUGCAGUUUUGAGGAUAUGAAGAAUCCUGACUCUCUCGCGUCUGACCUCCUGUCCUCGUGGGAGCUCGACCCCGGGUUCGCUGAAGUGCCCUGGCAGUGGCUCCGAAAGGGGGCCUGGGAGACCGUCCGGCUCCCGACUCGCCAGAGCCGGCGGGCCAUGGCCCCCGAGAGGGCUCGGGUGCUGGCCGGGCCGGCGCCGCGGGCGCGGACGCCCCCUCUGCGGGCGGGCGCUCGGCGGCCGGCCGCGCGGACUCGUGCGCUGGCGGCCGUGGCAGCGCCGGCGGGCUCGCGCUCGGACCCGAGCGGCGCGAGGGCGAUCGCCAGCCCCGGGGCGCUGGGCCGGGCGCGGAUACUGGCGCCGGCCCCCCUCUUGCCUUCAAAGAAGAGGGCCAGCCAGGCCGGGCGGCAUCUCUCGGCCCUCGACGAGAGGGACGCGAACGGGCUGGACCUCGCUGGAGACGCCGGGGAGGACGCCGAGGGCGACAGCAGCUCCAGCGGCUCCGACUCGGUGGUGGAGCAGCUGGGGCGGACUCGGGCCCGAAUGCGGCAGCUGCGCGCGCGGAGGGCGCACCGGCGGGCGAAGCUGUACGCCGAUGCUAUCCUGGCGGCGCAGGGCGAGGGCGUGAGCCUCCUGGAGACCCUGGCGGUGACCCAGGCGACGCAGGUGAGGUACCAGCGAUAUCUCGAUCGUUUCUACUCGCGUGCCGGCCUGAGCCGGAGGCAGAUCCUGGCGAAGCCGGACACGGAGAUCGACGAGCUCAUGUGCAACUACAUGACCGAGAACUACUUGCAGGGCGAGCAGAGCAACUACGGAGACCAGACGGUCGCAGCCUGGGUCAGCGCGAACCCGGACUUCGGGCGCGUGGGAGGUCGCAAGCUGCCGCGGACGUGGCGGGCGCUGAAGGCCUGGCGCAGGCUGACCCCAGGCAGGCGGCGGAAGGCCCUUGCCCUUCCGGUCUGGUGCGGGCUGGCUUGGAGGCUGGCGCAGCGGGGACACCUACGCCUGGGCAUCUUCUUGAUGAUAGGCGUAUCGAUCUAUGGUCGGCCCUCGACCUUGCUGGCCGCCCGGCGGUGCGACCUUGUGCCACCGUCGCCUGGUGUCAGCAGGCACUGGGCCCUGUUGACCCACCCGCUGGAGCGGAAGAGGCCCAGCAAACGUGGGCACUUCGACGAGGGCUGCCCCCUGGACUCGCCGUACCUCCAGGGCUUGGACGAGGUGUUCGAGCGGCUGGCCUCGACGACGUCGAAGGAACCGCUGUGGAACUUCAGCUACCCCGAGGCAGCGACGUUGCUCAAGGAGGCGGCGGAGGACCUCGGGGUGGCCCCGGUGACAUUGUACCAGAUGAGACAUUCGGGCGCCAGCAUCGACUUGGCGAAAGGCUGGCGCAGUCUGACCUCGGCGCAGCGACGCGGGGAGUGGACGCAGGCGAAGUCAAUGCACCGCUACGAGCACAGCAGCAGGCUCGGCAGCGACUAUGCGAAGCUCGACCCCCGGCUGCGCGCGACGUGCGAGGAGGCGGAGAGGCAGCUGGCGCUCAUCCUGACGGGCCAGUACCUCGGCGAUCUCUUCGCGGGCUGCCGGGCGGUGUCUCGGGCGGCCGAGGCCGAGGGCUUCCGGGCGAGAAGUUGGGACGUCAUCUAUGAUGCAAAAUGGCAAGACUUGUUGUCGCCUGCCGUGCUGCGGGCGAUCAAAGCUGACGCUCGAGCUGGCCGACUGGUGGCCGCAACAAUGGCCCCUCCGUGCCAGACUUUUUCCCUCGCGCACGACAGGUCGAGACCUGUGCGCAGCCGCGAGAAGCCAUGGGGCUUCCCCGCCUCCGAGCUGACGCCUGCCGAUGCCGAAGCAGUGGAAUUAGGUCUGAAGGAUUCCAUUGUGGUAGGCAUCCACUACUACACUGCCUCGCUGGCAGCGGUCUGCCCCGCCUGCCCCGAGGCCCACUGCCCCAGCCUCCCUGCCUGUCCGCCAUUGAGCUGUGGGGACUGCCGUUGCCCCGAGGGAUCGUCUAUCCCUUACGUGGCCGCCACCGGGGCCCUCAUCGCCGUAGGCUUCCUGACCUUCGGCUUGGCGGUGGGCAGUCGCAUCAGGUUCCUCGCAGGCCGGCUUCUGCCAGCUCUGGUUUGCCCGCGGCGCUCUUCAGGCGCGGGCUCGCAGGGGCCGGCGCCACCGGCUCGCGAGCAGAAGGGCGUGGCGGCGGCACUGCCGGACGUGCCGCACCUGCCGACCUCCGUGGUGGGGGAGGACUUCGCUGCUGAGGCGCGGGCCCAGGCCGCCGCCGUGCGCGAGAGACGCGCGGCCGUGGCCUUUCGCGGCUACGCAUGGCGGCGCCUGGCGCCGGGCGACUUCAUCGCGGUGAAGUGCAACGUCGCGGGUGCUGCUUUGUGGCACGAGAGGUGCGUCCUGCUGAUCUCCAGCCAACCACCGCACUCGUUCACGGGGUUCACUCCCGACGGCGACUGCUACGAAGAGGACCUGAUGCCCGGGGGGGACAUCUCGGCCUGGACCCCGCUCGAAGGUGCCGCCGCAUAUGUGGACAAUUUCGUUACCCUCGGCAAGUCUGCGAGGUGCGUGAACGAUCGCCUUCAGUAUAUCUCUCAGCGGCUGCAGUCCCUCGGCCUGGCUGUCCACGAGCUCCAGCCGGCCUCCGAGGACGCCGAGUUUCUGGGACUGACCCUUCGACGUGGGCGCGAGCUGUCGGUGCGCCACAAAAACAUCUCGCGCCUGCGCUAUGCUUUGGAGGAGAUACUGAAGAGGGGCCGCUGCAGUGGGGCCCUCAUGCGGGUUCUGGUAGGUCAUAUCACUUGGACUACCCUCAUGCGCCGCGAGGGGCUCAGCAUCCUGCAGUCCGUGUAUGCCUUCGUUGAGUUCGCGGGAUCUACUCCGUCCACCCUGUGGCAGUCUGUGCGUCGAGAGCUUUGGCAGGUUCGGAGCCUUCUCCCGCUGCUUCGUCUCGACGUGUCGGUGGUCACGGCGGUCUUCUCGGGUAACCUGGAGCCCAGCUACCUGGAGGUCUCGGAGGCCGAGUUCGACGAGGCUCCGUUCCGCAGGCUGGCUCUCGGGUUCCGCUCGAACUGCACCGGCACGGAGAGGGACCUUGCCACCUGGACCCAGCUAGACAGCAACCUCGGCGACUUCAGGAACGCGCUGCUGGAGUCGGGCAAAGCGUCGGGCACCGGCCCCCAGCCCCUGGAGGCGAGGGCGUACUUCAUCCCGGAGGUGCAGGGCGCCGCCAGGAGCUUGCCGCCUCGGAGCUGCCGCCUCGCCGUCGCGGGGAAGCGGCGGGUCCCUCCUCGGACCCGCUGUCUGCUACCCAAGGCGGCGGCCCUGGCGAUCGCGGGCCACCCGGCUUGCGCCGUGCCUCCCCGCUCGGCGCUGGGGGUAGCCCCGGCGUGCAGUCGCCACCUCUGGCCGUGCGAGUGCUUCCGCCUGAAGAACCGCAACCUGGUCCGCCCCCCGCCAGCCACGGGCCCGCAGCACUCAAGGCCCGCGGAGACGCAGAGGCGGGGCUCGUGGCAGGCCCCCAGCUCCAUGAAGUGGUUCGCGAAGGAGGCGAAGCUGCUGGCGAAGAUGGGCCAGGUGCGCGUCGACGUUGUCAAGCUGGGGAGGCGGGUGGAGUCGCUCUUCGCGGGCACCCUGCUGGGCGGGCUGCUGACCCAGCCCCUGGCCGGCUCCGUGCCUGCCCGCCUCCAGGCGUGUCUGCGCGAGGCGCCGACCGAGCGGCAGGCGGCGCUGCGCGGACGCGUGGCCCGGUCUCAGCGCCCCCACCUCGUGCUUAGCGGCAAACGGGUGCUCAGUCGAAGCCUCGUGCAGCCGGCGUCCACGUGGAGCUGA